AUGACGAGCAAGGAGCUAGAACCAGAAGAGGUGCAACCCACGUUUAGAACUCCACCAGAAUGGAUCAGGAUCGGUGCAAUUUUGAUUGCCAUGGAACAAGGCCGCUAUCCCUUGCAGCCACCUCCCACCGCUGCUCCAGAUCGAGAUCCGCCUCCCUCUCCGCUCGCGCCGGUGUGCACCCUCCCUCCCAUCCCUCUCCCCUACCUUUGCCGCCCAUCUUCGCCGCCGCGCAUCCACAGGAGCAACACGAGUGGCGCGCCAUGGGGCAACACCGCCGACUUCUUCUCAUCACCUCGCCGCGUGCUGUUCCUGCGGGUUGGCGCUGCGGGGGCCGGGUGCGCCCUCCUCGCGCCAGCGGAGGAUGACGAGGGCGAGGACGUGGAGGCCGGCGAGGGGGGAGGCGGCGGAGGGUUGCGCCUGGUGGCCAUCCGGUGGGCCCGCGUCACCUGCGCCCUCAAGAACAAACGCGGGGACAUGGUGAGCCGCUCUGGUACGAGCACACUCGUGUGUGAUCCCGGGCGCCGCAGGGCCAGCGACAAGUGCGUGAAGGAGAAGCGCAAGACCAUCAACGGAGACGACCUGAUCUGGUCCAUGGGCACGCUCGGCUUCGAGGACUACGUCGAGCCCCUCAAGCUGCACCUCAAGCUCUAUCAGCAGGCCUUCGAGUUCAAGAGGCUUCUGCUUUACUAUAACAACGUACACGACCAACAAGUUCUGCUGAUGAGUAGCAUCUCUUAUUUAGCCAUUGUUUCAGCAAUUUUCACUUCUGCAGACAUGUGUUCUGGUUUUCAGUUCCUGCAUAGGCAUGGCUGAUAAGAUAAAGAAUAACAACUGUAUAAAUGGAGGUGGUUGGGUAGCAUGGAUUAUGUUGGACUGACUAAGCUCGAGUCCAAAUUUCCUUCAUUGUGAAUUCAGUUAGCCAUUGUUUGAGCAAAUCAUUUGUGCAUACAUGUGUACUGGGGUUAGUACUAUCUACUAUGGUGAAUGCCAUGCAAACAGUUAACUUGCUUCAUUUGAUUUCCUGCUACAUCUCCACUUAAAUACUCAUAAUGCUACUGUCCAGAUCUUGUUCAAUUGGACUAACUACAUAUCUCUUGUUAAAAUUGUGGUCUUGAUCUUUUGUUUAAACCUGAGACAUCAUGCAUAACUAGCUCUUCCUUUUCAGUCUAAACCUGAGACCUCCUUUGUUUUAUAUUCAGUUCUAUGACUAAUGGUCACACUACUGUUUUGUUGUGCUUGAUAAACCUGAGACCUCUUUCUAUUCUUCUUCAGGUCACACUGCUGUUUUGCUGUGGUUGAUAAACCUGAGACUUCUUUCUAUUUUUCAAGGCUGUUUUGUUUAGGCUAGUCAUGGAGCAGAAAGAACGGACAUUGCUACUUCAACAAGAGGGAAGACCCAAUGAGGCCAUGAUGCUUACCUUGCUAGAGUGCGUCAACCCCGACCAUGGCACAACAUUCACAGUCUUGAGGUAGCCGUGCUGCAACUGCAUCAAUGAUAUCCUCUCUGACUAGAUAAGUCUUCGGUCUAUCCCAUUAUUUUCUUUUGUUCUUUGGUCGAUGGGCCAUGAUUCCAUGACAUAUACUAUUGUGUUGAUUCCCUAUGUGAUGCAGAAGCUAUGGUGUUUUGUUUUAAGUCUGUUGUAAAUUGUAAUUGAUAAUGAUUUGUGUAAAAUUAGUGUAGAACAUAUGUCUUGUUAUCUUAAAUCGUUCGUGUCGUGCGCCAUUUCUGGAACUUUUGGUAUUCAUGCAACAGCUAGUCCUUGUGGUUAUUACGGUUACAUGUUACAUGUAGAGAUGCUUCAUGAUUUAGUCCCUAGCUGCUUUCUAUAUUUGUUUUUAUUUUGUUUCUAACUCUUUUGGUUAAUUGUUAGAUGCCUUUGUUCAGCCUGUACGGACAUAUCCAGAAAUGGUGUUUCCUCUCAUGUAAGGAGCUCCAGCCUGAAAGUGAACAAGCCUGGAGUGUAUUUGUAGUAGUAUCACAUGUAAUGGUGAAAUGAAUUAUGUAAAGAUUGUGCUAUUAGCUGAAAUUGGCAUUUGGUUUGAUAAUUCUCAUUUGUUUGCUGUUUUGACUGAAAUAAUUGUGUGGAAAUUGAAA